AUGGAAAAGGUGGACUAUGUCUUGGUAGAGGCACCCCAAGCUGCAUUGGCUGCUGAAAAUAGUCACGACGCCCACUCGAAUCUACAUAAAAUCCUACUGAAAUUAGGUGGUGAUCUCGACCAAGAUGAUAUAGUUCAGGCGGCCGCUAAACGAACUAGGGCAGCAAAGCAAGUGCAUUUGGAAUUGGCUCAAGAAUGGCUCCGCAACGUCACAGACGUAGAAGAACGUGCAUAUCUCGUGGCCAAUGUCAUUCCAACUCUGAUUGUUGCAUUGGAAAAAUUAUGCAUCGAAGCUGAACGCAAGAACCUGCUUGUUCCCUCCACUACCAAAAUUUUGCCUACUGUAACUGGUUUUGACGCUACACCCGGCAAAUACGAGCACUUCAAUCCCGAAAUCUAUCUAGCUCAAUUCUUGUUUAGGAACAAUCCCAAACACAACAAUCUUGGAUCGUCAAAGUAUACCGAAGAGGUUGCAGAAGUCGCUCGAGCAUUGAACGACGAAUCUCAACGAAAGAAACAUGAACGAGAUGAAGCCGAAAGUAAAGAGAAUGCUCGUAAACAGCGUAUCGAGCAAGAGCGUUUACGUGGAGAACUCUUGGCCAGUAGAACGAAAACCAUCACUGCAACCGCAAAAACGCACCUAGAAAGUUGGGCAUCAAAGUUAUGGAGACCUGAUGGGUCUUUUGGACAACAAGAGCUUCUAGACUUGAUUGCUUCGGCAGAAGACUCGCUUCAAGUGCAGAUGGAUUCUCAACUCCAAGCAGCGGUUCCAGUUUUACGAAACCAGCUUGCCAAAUCUAUGGCGGAGGCCAGAUUCGACAUAUCCAGCUUUGCUGAUCUGUUGGCAACAUGUAGUGCUGCUAACGAUUGGAGUGAUGGUAUGGUCGCCGACUUUCUGGAUAUGGUCGGCCUUCGAGUGCAAGCAGAAUCAAAAGACAUGCUACGAACUUACAAUCAGUUUAUUGAUCUGAUGCCUUCGUUUGCGGAUUGUGAUACCAUGACAGCUGAUGGACGCAGGCAAUGGCGUGUCAAGACCUCAGAUCUGGUUGGCAAAGCAGCAUCAAGAUUCAAUGCAGAGCUGAAGAAUGUAAUCACAUCUGUCUGGGAUUCUAACGUCAAGGUAUAUGCCGAUGAACAAGAUGUCGAACAAGAAUUCAGGAGUUUUGCAAGACAAUUAGCUUCAGCAGUCGGUCCAACAAUGUUAAAAUAUAGUUUGAGUCGCUUCGAAUCAACCUUUGCUCCUCUCAAGGCUAAGAAAAAUGUCACUCGUGUAAAAGAAGCUGCUGUAGUCGAGCACGUAGUAGAAACGCCACAGUCAGCAGCUGCAGAAAAGGCUCUUGCACCGAAACUUGCUGCCGUAACGAAACCCGAAGCACCGGUUGUAGCUGCUGAGCCCACCGUUCAGAAGCCGUCUGUCAACGAAGCAGCCAUAAUUCAGUCAAUUAUAGACUUGGGUCAUGAUGUGACUAUACCUUCUAUAUCAGCUCUAUGCACAAAAGCAAUGACCUUGAUGAGACUGCCCGACCAUGCUAGUAUCUCGCUUUUGGAAUCGUCUUCCAAGAAAGACGGGGAUGUCGUUGUACCUAUUGCUGUGCUGAGAGUAGUUGCUGGUGAAUUGUGUGGUCAGACAUUGGAUGAAAAGGCUGUUGAAUAUCAAGUCGUGAGUUCUGGAAAGCAAGUAUCAGCUGACGGGGCGUUGCUCCGUAUUGGACUGGAACGUGUCUUGGGUGUCUUGCAUUUGCAUUUGAAUUUGAAGAGUGCUAGUGAAAUUGAAUUUUUUGAGGCCGCCGUUAAAGCUCUCGCGACAUCAAUCACAGUUUAUGACUCACGGCAAAAGGCUCUGAUCCUUGGUGAUGCUUCGGUCAAAUACACAACCGAGAAGAGCAAUGUCAAAGCAGAGUUGUACAUUGCAGACUACUUUCAAUCUAGACCUUCCUUGUACUUGGCAAAGCCUUUACAGAAUCAAGCUGCACCAGUGGAAUCCCCUUACCUGGCUGAGUCGCCAUUUGAACUUGUUGCAGUUGAAAACAAUCCGGAAACGAGCUACUUGUUUGCAGCCAUGACUAGCAAAUCAGCCUCUGAAGGGUCGUCAAAUGGAAAAGUUGUUACUGCUAUUCCUGUGGGUGAUGGACACGGAGUUACCGUUGCAAUCAUUUCAGUUCGACCUGAAACAGCCAGUGAGAGUGAAAGAGUCGGCACAGAUGACCUGGAUGAUGUGCAGCAUGUAGCAAGCAUCUUCUCUAAUGGGUUGAAUAUGUUGAGCUCAGUUGGAUUUGGUGCUCUUCAAGACAAGACUGGAUUGGAUGCUGAUGACAUUGAUCAGACUGCCACGACAAACCUUCUGUUUGGAAAGUUGAUGCUGUCGUCUAUUCGAAGCGUCUUGAGUGGACUGGACUCGAAAUCGUUAGCAGAGCUGAGGUCAUAUCGACGACCACCCGCAACCGUUCACAAGAUCUGUAAAGCUGUGUUGUACGUGUUUGGCAAGAAGCCAAAAGAGGUUAAAACCUGGCAAGAGACUCUAAAGCACAUCAACCAUGAACUGUUGACCAAGAUUAUUUCUUACGAUCCAACAAGUCUUCAAAAGAAAAUAAGAUUCAAGAGGAUUGCCAAAGUGCUUGCAACCAUUCCAAAAGGUGAUCGCCAAACAUCCAAGCCUAUACAAGCUAUGUAUCACUGGCUGCGAGUGUCUCUUUCACUACGAGAACAGGCCGUACAAGCCAGAAAGAGACGUAAAGAUCUGUUUGAUGAAGCAUCAACGCAAGAACCUUCUGAGGUUGAUGAGGAUGGCCAACCUGAAGCUGAAGAAGAGGAACUUGUUGAUGAUACAGUUGAAAUGGAAGAGUCAACCCCGGUGCUUAAUGAUACCGUGUAA